AUGGGAUGGGUUUCGAGCUCUGUUCAUAUCAAGUUCAACGAGUCUUCUGGAGAAGGUCUCGAGAAAAGUAAAGCUUACGACUCCAUACGCAACUACUUGUCCACAAAAUCAACAGCUCUCGCAAAGAGAUUAAAGGCCAACGAAUCUAAAAGCAGCAAGUCUUUGGUGUUGAGCUUGGACGAUCACGAGACAGUUGAAGAUGUGUUCGAAGGUGUGAAGGUGAAGUGGUCUUCAAGCGUGACAGAGAACGGGAACAAGUCUAGUAUGAACCGUGAUAAGGGUUCUGUGGAGAGAAGGUACAUGACUUUGAGUUUCCAUAGUCGUCACAGAGAGAUGAUCACAAAGACUUAUCUUGAUCAUGUUUUGAGAGAAGGGGAAGAGAUUGGGCUGAAGAAGAGAGAGAGGAAGCUUUACACUAACAACUCGAGUCAAGACUGGUGGUCUUGGAGAUCAGGAAGUAACUGGAGCAACGUUUCUUUUGAUCNUUGUGACUAG